AUGAGGACCCUGGGAGCUAUCCUCGCCCUGGCAGUCUUUGUGGGAGUGGCAGUUUCAGAAUCCCGGAAUGCGUGUAAAUAUGGCGCCCUGACUGACCGCUACGGACUGACCGUGCGGUGUAGAAACAGGAACGGUUGUCCUGAUGGAUUUGUGUGUAGCAAGGGAAUCUGCUGUGCUGCUCAGAACCCCUGUAAAGUAAGUACCCCUUAUGUGACCAGAAGUGGCGGACUUUUCAAGUGUUCCAAAGCCUACUCCUGUCCAUAUGGUUAUAAGUGUACAACCACCGGGGCUGUGGGAGUCUGUUGUCCAGGAAAGAAAAACAAAUGUCCUCCCAUGCACUGUAAGAGAAGGCCGUAUUGCGUCGUCAAACCCAAGAUGAAAUACACAAAAUACGGACUCUGCCCGUUUGGAUGCAACUACAAAUGUUCCUGUCCCAAACGCCCAGUCUGUAAGCCACCACACAGGUAUUGUUCUGUUUCCUACAGAUAUAUCACGAUCUACGGUGGAAAGCGAUGCAUGGUCAGAUGUAAAUUCAACUGCCGGUUCCCACCCGUCCCAAAAUGUCCAACCUAUGUCGGAGAGUAUGGAAACUUGUGCCACCCUAAGUACACAUACGCCAUGAUCAGCGGACGACGCUGCCCCACCAAGUGUAACCUUGAAUGUAGCUGUCCACCAUUCCCCAAGUGCCCUGCAUAUCCACCGGCAUACGGCAAGAAUGGCCAACUGUGUUACCGACGCUACAUCUAUAAAUAUAUCCACAACAAAAGAUGUGCGGUGAAAUGUAAGACGAUCUGCGCAUGUCCACCCGCUCCUAAAUGUGAGGUUAAAUACCGUGGAUAUCUGAGAUACUGCCCUAGAAUUUAUACCUACAAACGUAUCAACGGCAGGAAGUGCCCUGUCAGCUGUGUGUCCAAAUGUUUCUGUCCUCCACCUCCCACCUGCCCGACACUGAAGUACUCCAGCCAGUACAACGAUGUGUGUCGUCAUGUUUACGAGUAUGAGAUGCGUCACGGAAAGCGCUGCCCGGUCAAAUGUAAGAUCCAGUGUGGAUGUCCCCCAGAACCCAAGUGUCCAAAGGCUUAUGCUAACUAUGAAAAUUACUGCUCACCCGUCUAUACUUAUAAAACUUUCUAUGGUAAGAAGUGCCCCAUCAGGUGCGACCUCAAGUGCAGGUGUCCACCUUUUCCAAAGUGCCCGUCGAACAUUUAUACCAGUGGAUACAAAGCCCUCUGCCGCCCAGUCUUCAAAUACAAAGACAUCCAUGGAAAGAGAUGUGCCGUGGCCUGUCAGAAUAUUUGUCGCUGUCCUCCAGCCCCGAAGUGUCGCAGGAAGUAUCGAGGGUACGCUGGAAUCUGCAAACCGUACUACAAAUACAAGAUAAUCCACGGGAACAAAUGUCCAGUCAGCUGUGAUUAUAAAUGUAAAUGUCCUUCUAUCCCAAGAUGUCCAUCCCUGGCCAAGUAUGGUCAGUACUCAUACCUGUGCCAGAGAGUUUACAAGUCUAAAUCUAUUCACGGUAAAGUUUGUCCCGUCUCUUGUUCAAUUAAGUGCAAAUGUCCACCUCUCCCUGACUGUCCUAAGAUGAAGUAUCUCCAGCAUGGAGUUUGCAAGCCUCACUAUACGUAUCAAGAAAUCCAUGGGGAACUCUGCGCCGUCAAAUGCGUGGAGAGAUGUUCCUGUAAUCCAAAGCCAAAAUGCCCCAACAUCUACAAAGAAAAUACACACCUUUGUAGAGCACGAUAUCUAUUUACUAAGCCAAAAUACGGAAUCACCUGUCCAUACAAGUGUAUUGUUGAGUGUCGCUGCCCUCCCUUGCCUGAAUGUCCUGCCCUUCCUCCAGCCUAUGGCAACUACAAAAACCUUUGUUACCACGUGAUUGAAUACAAAUCCUAUCACGGAAAAAGAUGUGCCGUUGCUUGUGACCUUAAAUGUCGAUGUCCCCCUCUCCCUCAGUGUCCAAAAAAAUACGCUAAAACUUGUCACCCUGUCUAUUCUUACAAAUCAAUCAAUGGUCUCGUCUGUGCUGUGGAUUGUAAACUUAAGUGUAAAUGUCCAAAACCGCCUCGAUGUAAACCAGCUCAAUAUCACUCUGAGUAUGGACAGCUCUGUUCAAGGCAGUUCGUAUACAAGGUAUAUCACUAUCAGAAAUGCCCUGUUAAGUGCAUCACAAAAUGUCACUGUCCGCCAUUCCCCAAAUGUCCAGUGGUCAACAAAAAGCUAUGUCAGCCCACUUAUGAAUACAAGAUCCUUAACGGUCUGACCUGCGCCGUCAAGUGUAACAUUAAAUGCAGAUGUCCUCCAGUUCCAAAAUGUCCUCCUAUGCCCGUAUAUGCUGGUUCCUCCACAUACUGCAAACCUAAGAUCAUUUACAAACGUAUCUAUGGAAAUCGAUGCCCGGUUCAGUGUGUCCCGAACUGUUUUUGUCCACCCCCUCCUUCUUGUCCAGAGAUUUUGGAAACCAACAAACACCUAUGUACACCAAAAUUUUCCUACAAACAAAUCGGACCCCUGUCUUGUCCCAUUAAGUGUGAGGCUGUUUGCCAUUGUCCCCCACCCCCAGUAUGUCCACCCUUGGAGAAAUACCAGAACUAUGGUGCCUUGUGUCACCCUGUGUACAAGUACAAAAUGAUCCAUAAUAAGAAAUGCGCCAUCGCCUGUGAUGUAUCAUGCACGUGUCCACCUUUGCCCAAAUGCGAGAACUAUAAAGAGUAUGGAAAUCUCUGCAAACCUGUUUACAAGUAUAAGACCAUAUUUGGCAAGACUUGCGCCGUGAAGUGUGUCAGAGUUUGUCACUGCCCUCCCAAACCUCAGUGUCCAAAGAUGAAGGUGUACCCAGGUUACAAGAAUCUGUGUGUGCCAGUCUACAAAUACAAGAAAAUCCAUGGUUUGACCUGUCCAGUAAAAUGUGACCAGAAAUGUUACUGUCCCCCAUCACCGAAAUGUCCUCCCAUCCCUAGAUACAGGAAAUACACUGGUCUUUGCCGACAGGUCUUCAAGUACAAAUACGUCAAUGGACGGAGAUGUCCAAUUAAAUGUAAGCUAGACUGCAAAUGCCCACCUAAGCACAGUUGCCCACCUCCUGACGAGUACUGCACAGUCCGGUACAAGUACGUUAAGAUAGGCUACAACAGGUGCCAGGUGGGAUGUAAAUAUUCCUGUAAGUGCCCCCCACCCCCGCAUUGUACGGAACAUCCUCACUGCGAGGCCAGAUAUAUCUACAGAAUCAUCCACGGCAAGAAAUGCCCGGUAGACUGCGCCUAUGACUGUGCCCAUGGAUACAAGAAAUAAAGCCGAGUUUGCAUGUCAUGUGACUGUACUCGUGUAUUGUUGAUUUAUGUAGUGCUA